CCACGAGGCGCUAUCAGCAGAGGGCUAGUUUGAGCUGCUCUCUGAAUCGUCCUCACUCCGCUCACGCUCGCUCUUCCCUCAGGACCUCUGGAGAUCCUACCUACACCAUGUUUUCCCGCUGUGCUUUAGUGCUCCUGCUCUGCUUCUCUACUGGGCUGGCGGCCACCCUCAUCCCCGCCGCCUCCGCCGAGGAGACGCCCACCGGCGAGCCUGUGGCUUUCGACCCUUUACUACAGCCAGUGGACCCAUCUAUUGACCCAGCUGUUGACCCUGCUUUUGGGGACGACAAGGCGCAGGCUGAACAUCUUGUGCAAGAUGAGCAGAACCGGGCCCAGCCAGCUCAGGCUACUGAGGAGGACGAGUCGGACUGGGGCUUCGGAUCCAUCCGGGACAGCUUCCAGGCCGUGAACGGAUACUUCGACUCCGUGGUGGAGCUGAUGGGAGGCCGCAACGGCGUGUGCCAGUACCGCUGCAGAUACGGAAAAGCUCCUCAGACCCGCCCUGGUUACCAGAUUCCUGAACCCAAUGGCUGCACAUCUGCUCUUCUUGGUUUCCAGGUACCGGAAAGUAUAGACAUGGGCAUCCCGGCCAUGACCAAGUGCUGCAACCAGCUGGACGUUUGCUACGACACCUGCGGCUCCAACAAGUACCGCUGCGACACCAAGUUCCGCUGGUGCCUCCACGGCAUCUGCAAGGACCUCAAGAACAGCCUGGGCUUCGUCUCGAAGGUUGAAGCGUGUGAGACGUUUGCAGACACCAUGUACAACACAGUGUGGACUCUGGGCUGCAGGCCCUUCAUGAACAGCCAGAGGGCAGCAUGUAUCUGUGAGGGAGAGGAGAAGGAUGAGCUGUGAGGAGAAAUGAUGUUCCUGCCUGAACUGAAGAGACACACCACUGCACCACACCUGCAGACUCACCUGGCAGAGACUCAGUGAACUCCAGAGAGAGAAUCAGCUUCUAAACUGCUGCUAAAGACUCUCUAGAAAUGAAGAACCAAGAGCUCGACCCGCAGAGCUCUACGUUUUAUUCUGAUUUGUGUAGUUAAAGCUUUUUUCCCUACAGAGUAACGUAAAAUAUAUAUGGAAUUCUGUGUGUCUGUUUAUAGUACUAGAGUACUGCCAUGCUUCCACACGGCUCCUCUGUUAUAAAACUGCUCUGUUUAUCUCAGGUAAGAAGAAGCAGUCACUGUAUACAGUUCUGUAUUAUUCCAUCUAUAAAAAAUACCAGAAUAUUAAAAAUUCUAAACUGGAAAAAAAUUAAACACUUUCAAACAACCCCUUUCUACAAUAGAUCCUCAAUACAGUAAUAAAAACAACACAGUUUAGUGUCAGAAAGCACUCUGACUGUAUUUAAUAUAUUAAUAAUUUAUUAAAAUGUAACACUGUCUUCCAAA